AUGGAUGCCUUCAUUUCGAGGAAGCGAAGACACAGGCCUACUGAUGCAGAUGCGUCUCUUCCCUCUAUCCAAAACAAUCAACAUGGUGAUCACGAGGAUACCACCGAUUUCAAGCUUGCCGUGCUUGCAUCUUUGCACCCUGAUGUCACCCAAGACAUCCUGCUUGAAGCCUUGCUCUCUUCCGAUGGCCAAGUUGAUGCCGCUUCCGAGACCCUGACUGGACAUAGGACCACGUCCUCGGGUCACCCAAAGAGAGCCAAAACCGUGGGUCAUCAAUCAACUCUGACCAAUCUGGUGCGCUCCGCUAGUGGUGAACUUCCUAUGAACAAGAAUCUCACAAAGAAAGGAAAAACUCUCUUUCUGUAUAGUCCCCAGGAUAUCGAGACACAUACGCCAUGUUCUAUCAUCCACAACUUUCUCCCUGCCGAGGAAGCUAAUUCCCUGCUUGCAGAGCUCUUGGAUGAGGCAAAGACAUUCGAGAAAGAGACCUUUCAGCUCUUUGACCGUACCGUCGAGAGCCCUCAUACCAUGUCGUUCUAUGUCGACAGCUUGAAAGAAGUUGAAGAGCAAAAGACAACAUACGUCUACAACGGCAGCAGAAUCAAAGACAUUCGACAAACACCCCCAAAAAUGUUGUCUGCAUCUACAAAGGUGUGUCAAGCUGUCAACGGCGAGGUUCAGCGCCGAAUCGCUCAGUACUAUCCCAAUGGUGAGAAACUGCGACAUCAAGAUCCCAAAGAGUGGAAGCCAAAUACUGCUUUUGUGAACUGCUAUGAUGGACCUCAACAAAGCGUUGGCUAUCACUCUGACCAGUUGACCUAUCUCGGUCCUCGUGCUGUCAUUGGAAGCCUCUCACUAGGUGUGGCUCGCGAAUUCAGAGUUCGCAAGAUUGUCCCCAAAGACACCAACAACGACUCCGAUGAUACAAGCACUGCAGACUCACAAGGCCAAAUCUCCAUUCAUCUGCCCCAUAACUCAUUGCUUGUCAUGCAUGCCGAGAUGCAGGAGCAGUGGAAGCACAGCAUUGUCCCAACCACUGCCAUUGACCCACAUCCCAUUGCUGGAAGCAAGCGGAUCAACAUCACCUACAGAUGCUACAAACCUAGCUUCCACCCAAAGUUCACACCUAAAUGUCACUGCAACAUACCGACUGUACUUCGAUGCGUACAAAGAAAGUCCGAAAAUUUGGGUCGCUACAUGUGGAUGUGCCAUGCUGGUUAUACACCAGGUCAAGAAGGUUGCACUUUCUUCGAAUGGGCAGAGUUUGAUGAUGAUGGCGAACCUCCUUGGAAAGACAAAGUGGAGCAACCCGAGACUGGCUGA